GAAAUAUUUUCGUUCGUUCUUCAUUUUGACGCAUCACAGAAAGUUACCAAAAAUUUUCGUUGCACUUAAUUUGUGAAAAUUACUUAAAAAUGUGCUAAAUUCCGUCGGUUUUUUGCAGUCAUCGUGUAGUAUUUGCCCGGUACAUUCGAGCAGUGAUAGUUUUCUCCGGAAAUGACGCAAUAUUUGCCACCAAACUUGCUGGCAUUAUUUGCCCCACGCGAUCCGAUACCAUUUUUGCCCCCUCCGGACAAACUUCCGCACGAGAAAAAGUCCCAAGGCUAUGCCGGCGUUGGAGCAUUUCUGGAUUUGUUCGAGGAUCCGAAGGAUACACCGCCACCAACGCGGGUUGAAACCCGUGAAGAGCGGAUUGAAAGACGUCGCCGGGAGCGAGCAGAACAGGUAGCCUAUAAACUAGAACGCGAAAUUGCCACUUGGGACCCGAACCAGUUGGAGGCUGCCACUGCAGAUCCGUUCAAGACGCUGUUUGUUGCAAGAAUUAAUUAUGACACUUCGGAAUCCAAAUUACGGCGGGAGUUUGAAAUCUACGGUAAAAUCGUAAAAAUCAUCAUCAUACACGAUAAGGAAUCCGGGAAGCCCAGAGGAUACGCAUUUAUUGAGUAUGAACAUGAAAGGGACAUGCACUCCGCCUACAAGCAUGCCGAUGGUAAGAAAAUCGAUGGUAAGCGAGUGCUGGUCGAUGUGGAACGCGCCCGCACCGUGAAAGGUUGGCUCCCGCGCCGCCUUGGCGGAGGACUGGGCGGAACUCGUCGUGGAGGAGCCGAUGUCAACAUCAAACACUCCGGUCGUGAGGAUAACGAACGCGAAAGGGAACGCUAUCGCUUGGAACGUGAACGAGAAGACCGUGAUCGACGUGGCGAUCGUUUCGAUCAACGGUUCGACCGCCGUCGCUCACGGUCUCGUGAUCGCGAACGUCGCAGGCGUAGCCGAUCGAAGGAUCGGAGCAGACGCAGACACAGUCGUGAUCGGGAAUAUGACGAUCGAUGGGAUAAGGAGCGGGAGCGCAGUCGUGAGAAGGAUCGUGAGCGGGAUCGUGAGCGCGAUCGUGAUCGUUCCGAUCGUGACCGUGAUCGUGAGAAGAAACGUAGACGCUCUCGUAGCCGAUCGCGGGAACGCGAUCGCGACCGUGCUGAGAAGAAACGCGACAAGCGUGACAAGGACCGGGAUCGCGAGCGUAAGGAACGCAAACCGGAGUUCCGCGAAGGCGAGAUCAAGAUCAAGGAGGAACCACUGGACGAUUAUCCCGACUACAGUACCCAGUACACCAACUAUCAAGCGCAGGUCAAAAACGAAGACGACGAAGAAAAGUAUCGCCCGCACGAGGACGAAGAACAGAACGGAUCUUCCCGGGUGCGAAGUAGUGGUGGUGCUGGAGAAAACGGUAGCCGCUACGGUGCCCCUGGUCGUGAUGACGAUGCCUAUGACGAUCGUUAUGACGGUUAUUAGCAUGAGUGAGUGGUUGGUCAGCGAAUUCCUUCUUCGCAGUCUUUCUCCACAUAUAUUAAUUGUAAAUUUCUGCGAGUGUUGUAAGCCAUCUCUGCUUCUAAGAUCACUAGGUUGCAAUUUUCUGACAAUUUUCCUACCCGGACUCCACACAUCAAAGGUUAAGUAUUGUUCGUAAGUUCAUAGCUACUUUUAAAAUUGUAUGGCAUUUCGCAGGUUAAGUGUGUUCAAAAUUUCAAAUGCUCUGUUAUCAGUAUAGUUCAGAAUUUUUGGACGGUUCUGAUUCAGCCAGGGCACGGAAUUCUGAACGUUCAUUUCAAAGUAGGUAACUUGGUAAAAUCUAUUUAUAAAACAAUAUUUGUCUUGAGAUAAAUGUUUGGGUACUUGGACUAUUUGAAACAACCAUCGACGUCUGCGGUUCGUGUUCGUCAGAUGUAUAAUAGUUUUCCUUUUAGUUAAUAGGAUGGGAUUCGUGUAAACCCAGGCGUAAGUAAAAUUUUGAAUACAAUAGCCACAUUUGAUCAUCCGA